UUCCACCAAGUUAGAAGAGUGAUGACCAUCCUUUUCCUUACUAUGGUUAUCUCAUACUUCAGUUGCAUGAAAGCUGCCCCGAUGAAAGAAGCUAGUGUAAGAGGACAAGGCAGCUUGGCUUACCCAGGUCUUCGGACCCACGGGACACUUGAAAGCCUAAAUGGGCCCAACGCUGGUUCAAGAGGACUGACGUCGCUGGCGGACACUUUUGAGCACGUGAUAGAGGAGCUUCUAGAUGAGGAUCAGGACAUCCAGCCCAGCGAGGAAAACAAGGAUGCGGACUUGUACACAUCCCGAGUCAUGCUGAGCAGCCAAGUGCCUUUGGAACCCCCGCUGCUUUUUCUGCUUGAGGAGUACAAAAACUACCUGGAUGCUGCAAACAUGUCCAUGAGAGUCCGGCGUCACUCUGACCCAGCUCGCCGUGGGGAACUGAGCGUCUGCGACAGCACGAGCGAGUGGGUAACGGCGGCGGAGAAAAAGACUGCAGUGGACAUGUCUGGUGCGACCGUCACAGUCCUUGAGAAAGUCCCGGUGCCGAAAGGCCAACUGAAGCAAUACUUCUAUGAGACCAAAUGCAACCCCAAGGGGUACACAAAGGAAGGCUGCAGGGGCAUAGACAAGAGGCACUGGAACUCGCAGUGCCGAACUACCCAGUCUUACGUGAGAGCUCUCACCAUGGAUAACAAAAAGAGAGUUGGCUGGCGGUUUAUAAGAAUAGACACUUCCUGUGUAUGUACAUUGACCAUUAAAAGGGGAAGAUAG